UUACCUCGUUUAGUGAUUUCUUGGCUCCACCUAAAUGCAACAAACACGUCUAGACGCUGAAAAUGUUUUGGCCAAAACUAUACCCGGGCAUUGCUAGCCUUUUGUGGCUGCUCUGCUUGCUCCAAUCACAACAUGCGACCGCUUUUAUUGUGCCACAGGAACUGCCAUCGUUACUCUCUGUAGUAUAUUCGAACAUACCACCGAUAAAGAAAGGUACCGAUUCACGUCUGGGCUUUGGAUUUCGUCUGGGCGAGCACGCAGACUUUCAAGUGCUGGUCGAAUUGGGUCCACAGAAGAACACGCGCCCCAUUGGCGAACCGAGCAAGGACGAUCAAUCCUUCAACAAGCGUCAAGUGAGCAACUCUGAUCAGCGUGCUCUGCUUAGACAGCAACUACAACAACAGCAGGAGCAACAAAUGCUCACCUCCACAGAGCGCAAUGCGGCGAACUGGCUAGAGACCUGGUCAAAUGGCAUGAAGCCCCAAAAGCACAAACCCCAAAAAGCUAAGCCCCGUCAGCCAGUACAAGAAGGCAAUCCACAGCUGCCCCAGCAGCCUCCAGUGCCCCAGAAUGCCAUGCAACAGCUGCAGCUACUCUACAAAAUGGCAACCAGUUCUUCCAGCACUACAACAACUACAACGGUGCCACCGUUUGCGCCCCUGAAGCUGGGUGCCCCCAGUGGCUUCAAGUUGCCACCGCCAGCCUUGGAGCAAGACACAAAUGCCUUGGGCAGCAGUCUGCCCCCAAAGUCGAGGGCUGAGAUAACCAGAGAACUAAUGGACGUUAGUUUGGAAAACUAG